CUGUGGGCCCCGAGCCUCCGCCAUGGACUUAGAGGACGAUUACACACACUCUGCUUGCAGAAAUACUUAUCAGACCUUUAAUGGAAUGGAUCGUGAUUAUGGCCCCGGAUCUUAUGGAGGGAUGGAUUGUAACUAUGGCCAUGGAUCCUGUGGGGGUCAAAGAUCCAUGGACUCCUACCUAAACCAGUCAUAUGGCAUGGACAGUCACAGUGGUGGUGGUGGGGGUAGCAGGUAAAUUGCUUCAUCACUUGGCCAAAUAAUUAGAUGACUGUAAGAUUCUGGAUAUUCUAAUUUCCUAUUCCUUAGGCAUGUGACGCUACUUGAACUUUGCUAUUUA